AUGGCGGUGAACUCCAUGGACCUCGUCCAGGACCCAUUCGCCUCGCGAGAGGGGCUCUUCACCGGCUCCCGGGACUGCUCCGUUCAGCCGGGCGCCAAAGCGCUCUGGGACGUGAACACCGGCCAGCGACUCUUGCGGGGAGUACCACCCAGCACAAAGCGCACGCCUUAUCUUCAGCCGAUGGAGAAGGUUGCCCACAACAGCGCGGAUUUGUUGGAGCUGGUGGAGACAGGCGCCGCCGCCGUGCGCUGCAACUUUGUCUCCCUGGGUGCCGCGCUUUGCACCGAGCUCGGCAAACGCCUCGAGCAGCUGCAGAGCCUGGACUUGUGCUACUGCCAGCUGGGCGCGGAGCAUUUGGACCGCUUGACGCAAAACCGAGUGCUUCAAGGCCUGGAACGCCUGGCGCUGGGAGGCAACUCCCUGGGCUCCUCCGUGGCGCGGCUGGGCGCCUGGGCGCCGCGGCUGAGGCGCCUGGAGCUGGAGAUCAACGACCUCCGAAACGAGGGAUGUGAGCUCCUGGCGCAGGCGCUGCAAAUGGGCAGCACCCAGCUCCAGUACCUCGACCUCAGCGUGAACGGGAUCCAGGCGGAUGGUGCGGACGCGCUGGCGCGAGCCCUGCGUGGCAACAGGUCUUUGACUUAUCUGGACCUGGGCUACAACCGCAUCGGCCCGGAGGGCGCUUUGGCUCUGGGGCAGCUUGCGGACUGCGCAUUGAAGGUUCUGCGUCUGGAGGACAACGGCCUGGGGGACGCGGGCGCGGUGGGGGUGCUGCGCUUGCCGCUGGAGGAGCUUCGCUUGGGCUUCAAUCAGGUUUCGGCCCAAGGGGCCGUGUACCUGGCGAUGUUGCUGCGCGGGGCUUCCCUGCGGCGCUUGGACCUCACGGGCAACCAGCUGCAGGACGCCGGGGCCGCCGCCUUCGCCGCGGCGAUGCAGAAGAGCUGCUGCCUGGAGGAGCUAGUGCUGGCGGGCAACGCCAUCGGCAGUGCAGGCGGUGCCGCGUUGGCACAGGCGCUGCAGAACAACUGGCGGCUGCAAGCCUUAGAUCUCCGCGAGAACCCGAUCUCUCAGGAGGCUGCUCUCACCAUCGCUGAGUUGACGUCCCAGGCGCGCCUGGCGGCGCGAUCUGCGCCCCCAGCCUUGGCGCAGCUGCGUGCAGGGGCCGCGAGGCGCUGGCCGUGCUGGAGCGUUCGCGCAUGGCUGCGGUGGCUCCUGCAGGCGGUGGCCCCCGAGGAGUCGGCGGCGGUGCUCGCCUGCGGCUUGGCCUCCGCGGUCAUCACGGAGGAUGCCGAGGGCACCUGGUACGAGCCUCAUCGCCUGAAGGAGUUGGCGGGUCUCUACGGCCGGCGGCUGAAGUCCGAGUUCUGCUCCAAGAGGCUGCCAGCACAAGGCUUGUACCUCUUGAACCUAACGCCCUUCAAAGUGCUGGCUGGCCAGCAUGCAGUGCAGGAGAACUCGGGGUCUUUGCUGCCCUUCGCCUCUACGCUGCAGCUCCUGCAGAAGGGCGUUCCAGUGGCCACUGAGCCCAUUGUCCUCACAGAAGAGACAGGCGAGCGGCGCUGGGUCUUGCCCGGUGGAGCAGAGCUGCGCCUGCUGCGAUCCAGACACGUGGGCAGCAGCACUGCCGAGCUGGCGGUGGCCGUCUGGUCUUGGCCCCACAGGCUGCGAGGCCUACCCUUCCAAGACUUGAGCUGCUAUUGGCAGAGCGCCAAAGGCAACGACCUCGGCACGGACAUGACCUCCGCGGUGGAGCACAUCAUCAAGCCUGACACCUUGCUGUCCCAAAGUUCGCUCGCGGAGCUGUACGGGCCAGGCCCGGUGCAGACGUUCGUGUCGCACCACUGGGGCCACGACGUCAACGACCUCUUCGCAGCUUUAGCCCCGCUGGCUGGCGAGGGAGCACGUUUCUGGCUCGCGGGAAUCUCGGUGAAUCACUGGCGUAAGGAGCAGCGCGCCUUCGCAGCCGCUCGGCGCAGCCGAAGUGCGCAAAGUCUGGCGCUGGUGCUCGGCCCGGACGCAGCCGCCCUGCAGCGAAGGUGGUGUCUCUACGAGGUGCUCGCCAGCGAUUCCACGGACGGAGGCGAUGCCUUGACGCUGCAGCUCUGCGCGCCGCAGGGGCUGCUCAGCGAGGGCACCGGCGGGAUGCCGGUGAGUUACAUCCUCCAGGUGAGCAGCGCCAUCAGCACGCUGGACGUGCAGAUGGCUUCGGGCCACUGCGACGAGCUCCGGGAGCUCUUGGAGAGGUCCGGCAAGGGCCCAGUGAACCUGCGGCUCCGGCAGAUGCUGAUGGAGGGCCUCAGCUCCCACCGCCGAGGUCAAGAGAUCUUCCAGGGUCGAGGCGUGGCUCGCAGCAAGACGGAGCCCUCGGCCUUGAGGACGGAGCUGCCAGGCCGGGUCAAGACAGAGCCUUCGGACAUUGGCUACGAUACCGCGGCGGAAGACUCCAUCGACUUCGACUUGUUGGAUGCCAGCGCUGAAGAUGACGCGAAGGCCCAGCCCCGGGAGGUCUUCGUGCCAGGGCCAGCUCUUGUGGAAGGCCCACGCGUUUGGCCAGCGCCGGCGACGCCGCUCGCGGUUCCACCAGCGACGGAGUCGCUUGCGAAGCCCAGCAAAGAGGAGCGAGCCGAGCCGCCUCUCUGCCAAGCCGGCGCCCAGAUCCCGGACGAGGCCGAAGCAGCGGAGUCCGAGGAGCGAGGCGAUCAUGCUUCGCGUAGCUCCAGUGGCAGCCAAAGCAUCAGCGCCGACGUGGAGCAGGUGGAGUGGGCGGAGCCACGCCACUGGCAUCAGGCGGAGGAGCGAGGCGAGCACGCUUCGCGUAGCUCCAGUGGCAGCCGAAGUAUGGGCGUCAGGGACGUGCAAGACCAGCAGCAGGAGGCUGAGGCGCCGGCAGAAGCAGAGACUGCGGCAGAGUCGGAGGAGCGAGGCGAGCACGCUUCGCGUAGCUCCAGCAGCCGAAGUAUGGGCGUCAGUGACGUGCAAGACCAGCAGCAGGAGGCUGAGGUGCCGGCAGAAGCAGAGACUGCGGCAGAGUCGGAGGAGCGAGGCGAGCAUGCUUCGCGCAGCUCCAGUGGCAGCCAAAGCGUGGGCCAGCUUUCGUGCAGACCAGUCAGCAUCCCAGAGGCGUCGCAGGCGCCGCAGGAGCCGCGCGACUGGCACAAGCACAAGGCAGAAGCAGAGCUCGCGGAGUUGGAGGAGCGGGGCGAGCAUGCUUCGCGUAGCUCCAGUGGCAGCCGAAGCAUGGGCGUCAGCGACGUGCGAGACCAGCAGGAGGCCGACGAGCCGCAUAACUGGCAUGAUCACGAUGUGGCAGAAGCAGAGCCCGCGGCAGAAUCAGAGGAGCGAGGCGAAGAGUCGCGCAGCUCCGGUGGCGGCCGCAGCGUGGCCGAGGCUGACGAGCGUGACUGGUACGAGGCAGAGCCCGAGUCAGAGGAGCGGGGCGAGUGCUCAGCUUCCCGCAGAUCCAGCCAGAGCCUGGGGGGCCUUGAUGCGCCGGAGCACUACGUGAUGUCCCAUGCGAGCGAGCACGACUCGCAGGACGACUGGAUGUUCUCCAGCGCAGAACCAGCCGAAGGGCGAUCCUGGUCUUCUGACAGCGUGGGCAACGGGAACUCUGAAGCAAUCAGCGCCAACGCCAACGAGACGAACUGGAAGACAGGUGCUGCCAUCCUGGCCCAGCCCUUCCCCGAGGAGGAUGAGGACACCUUGGUGCUGCCCAAGGCCGCGGCGGACAUGGAGGGCGACGCGCCAGAGGAGCCCUGCGACGAAGUGGCGUCCUGCUUCUCGUUCCGGGGCUCCGACCAGAUGUGUUCGGAGUACAGCCCCAGCCGCGCGUAUCAGGAGGAGGAGGUCACCUUCAGCCGCCAGUUUUCGCCCUGGCCGCCUUCUGACCCCUCGGAGCUCGCGGACGCAGUGGCCCACGCGGUGAUCGCCGGCUCGGCAGGCUAUGCGCGGUCCUUCGAUGACAUGGCGUGGCUGGAGCAGCCUUCGCCUUUCAAGCGAGGCUUUACAGAGGAUGACCUGGCAGCCUCGUUGUACGCCGCCUUCGCCGCCAGCCACGUGGAGCGCCUGCCCAUCUUGCAGCUGCUGCUGGCCUGCGGCCGAUCCCAGGGCGAGGCGGAGGCACUGGAGAGGGCGCUCAGGCCGCUGUUGGCCUCACAGGACGGCAGCGUCAGCUGCGACGUGCUCUUGCGGUUCUUAGCACAUCCGCGCCAGCACUCCUCGGAGAGUGAGCAGUGAGGGGCUUCUUCUUUUUUCGCCGCCGAAGUUUUUGUGGUUUGACCCGUGGUUUGGAGGGAGCCCCGUUUUGGGGAUGGGUGAAGUGGAAUGGAGUUCGAAGCAGUUGCGAGACCUCCUGCGGUGCAUUUGUUGGUUUUGUG